GGCGGACCACGGGGGGAAUCUAUUCCGACGAGGAUACAGAUUCUAACACAAGACCGGAAGUAAACAAACCGUUUGAGCUCAAAGCCCGCUCUCCGUGGAAGGAAGCGCCGUCGUGUUACCAUAGCAAUGGACAGAAGCAAAUGGGAGAAGACAUUCACGCAUUUUCAGGCACGUGUGCGCGGAUACUUGGUGAGGAGGGAAGUGAUUCGUGCACGAGAAGAUUUUGAGGAGAUCGUGAAAGAGAUCGAUGGAGGCUUGACACAUUUAAAAUGGACGGACGCGGUCAUCUCGGUUCCCCACUUCACAGACACUGACGAUCCGUAUCCACGGCUGUGCAGCUCUGCAAGCAAGGCCUCAGAUCCAGGAGUAGAUGUCAGUGUCAGUCCCCACGGCCCAGCAGUCUUAUCAGAGCAGAGAAGAGAUAACUGGGUCCUGUCUGAGAAGACAGAGGCAGAGAAAGAUGAUUCACAAGCCUCUCUCUUUGGCAACUCUCUUGGAGUGAAUAGAGAGGGGCAGAGGCAGGGCACCGUGGGGAUUAAAGAUGCAGGAGUGACGGAGAGCACAGAGUCCUCCUCCACCAUCUGGAGCAGUUUGGAGUUAGAUGUUAAUUCCAGUCAGUCUAACAAAGGUCCUCGGCAAUACUGCUUAGCCCGAGACGUGCCCUGUAGCCCAAAGGCCCUGCGUCUCCAUCGAAACACCCUGACCAUGGAACUAGUCUGGCUCCAGCAGGCCAUCGACAGCAGGAAAAAUUAUUUAUCACUGAAGAAUAGACUGAGUGUAUCCUGAAGACACGACAGCUGUUACAAACUGGACUUCUGUUUAUAAUAUGAGUAACUACACAGGAAAACAAUUGCUUUCAAAGAGUAUUUAUUGUCUUUUAUAAUAUGUGCUGUUACAAACCUGUAAAUUCUGUAUGUUAAUGCAAAAUAUUAAUAAAUCUUAUUUUUCUACAA